GGAUCCUCGAACGGUAAACCGUUCUCUGGGUAACACGGUUCUGGGACUGAUGCCAUUUUAUCACGGAUAUGGUCUGAAUCUGGGUAUUACUUCAAUAGUAAACAGGGAAAAACUAGUGGUUCUCAAACGAUUCGAACCAGAAAGUUAUCUCAAAGCCAUACAGGAUUAUCGAAUAGAAAACCUAAUGGUGGCUCCCCCUUUAGCAGUAUUUAUGGCGAAAACACCUUUACUCUCGAAAUAUGAUCUGUCAUCCGUCAAGUCAGUUCUCUGUGGAGCUGCUCCGUUGAAUAAGGAAAUUGAAGAUAUUUUGAAAAAAAGGUUGAACAUCACGUCAUGCACACAAGGAUAUGGUCUCACAGAAAUAAAUUUGGCCGUCACUCUAGUCAAUCCAAAUGAGAUCGGAAAUCCUGGAACUGUAGGAAAAGUUGUAAGUUACAUGAAAUUGAAAGUGAGGGAUCCAGAAACCGGUAGAUCCCUUGGUCCUCAUCAAGUCGGAGAGAUUUGUGUGAAGGGCCCUAUGCUGAUGAAGGGGUACUAUAAAAACGAAGAAGCUACGAAACACAUAUUUACGUCAGAUGGGUGGCUGAAGACUGGGGAUUUGGGAUAUUAUGAUACCGAUAGGUUCUUCUACAUCGUAGACAGACUGAAAGAACUGAUCAAGUACAAAGGAUAUCAGGUAGCACCAGCAGAACUUGAGGCACUAUUAAUCAAUCAUCCGAAGGUACUUGAUGUUGGAGUCGUUGGACUACCAGACAUUCUAGCUGGUGAACUUCCAUUGGCUUUCAUUGUGAAGAAGCCAGGCGAAAAUCUCACAGAAAAAGAACUGCAGGACUUCGUAGCUA